UGGCCCGCCCACUCGAGACGGACAGGCACGAGGACCAAUCGCGGCCCGUGGGGCGGCCGCCCCCGCCCCCGCCCGGCCCCUGCCAUGACGGUCCCGGGGCGGCCCCGCCGCGUCACGGCCCGGUCCGAGCGCUGAGUGGCGGCCCCGGCCCCGCCGCCCGCCCCGCGGGGCCGGCCCGGGAGCGCCGGGCGGCGAUUGGCGGCGGGGGGGGCCGGCCCGGAUGUGCGGCCCGAGGGGCGGGCGGUAAAUGGGGCUGUGCCGGGGGUAGCGGGAGCGGCGGCAGCGGCGGCGGCGGGGCCUGGGCCGCGCGGGGGAGCGGCGGAGCCUCGGCGGGGUGUAAAUCAGAAAGGCCUGAGGAUACUCUGAAGACACUGAAAAGUUUCAGCCCUUUAUUUGAAAUACACGUUAUGAACACUUUCUGGAGCAUGUCUACAGGUUCUGUGCGCAAGAGACCGGAUGCUGAAGAGAAAACUUUGAGUGGAGAGCUGCGAACCAGUCCUCUGCGAGCCUCUACAAAGAAACAGUUGCCUUCUAUUCCAAAGAAUGCUGUGCCAAUAACCAAGCCUGCUUCACCUGCUGCAUCAUCCCAGUCCACAAAUGGAACACAUGCUUCUUAUGGGCCUUUUUAUCUGGAGUAUUCUCUUCUUGCAGAAUUUACCUUGGUUGUGAAGCAGAAGUUGCCAGGCGUGUACGUGCAGCCGUCGUACCGAUCAGCGUUAAUGUGGUUUGGUGUAAUAUUCAUAAGACAUGGGCUCUACCAGGAUGGUGUGUUUAAAUUCACUGUCUAUAUUCCUGAUAAUUACCCAGAUGGAGACUGCCCGCGCUUGGUGUUUGAUCUGCCCGUCUUCCACCCGCUAGUGGACCCUUUAUCUGGUGAACUGGAUGUAAAAAGAGCAUUUGCAAAAUGGAGGCGAAAUCAUAAUCACAUAUGGCAAGUGUUAAUGUAUGCUCGCAGAGUCUUCUACAAGAUUGAUACAACUAGUCCUCUGAACCCUGAGGCUGCAGUGCUGUAUGAAAAGGAUAUUCAGUUGUUCAAAAGUAAAGUGGUGGACAGUGUCAAACUGUGCAGUAGUCAUUUAUUUGAUCAGCCCAAAAUAGAGGACCCCUAUGCAAUCAUUUUUUCUCCGUGGAAUCCAGCUAUACAUGAUGAAGCUAGAGAGAAGAUGUUGACUCAGAAGAAGAAGACAGAAGAUCAGCACUGCAAAAGCAUGCACGUUUCUGGCCUGUCCUGGGUAAAGCCUGGCUCAGUGCAGCCCUUCAGCAAAGAAGAGAAGACGAUGCCCACUUAGCUUUCCUGGACUCUGGUGCACAAAACACUUUCUGUGGGUGGAGGGAAUGUAACGGAGGGAGAAACAGCAAAGCAGCAGUUUCCUUCUUGACUAUGGAUUAGUAAAAACCGAAUGGUAGCAGUGACUCCAGUAAACCUGUUCAGUGGAUUACUGACUCUUAAUGUUUUACAUAUGCAUUAGGUUUUAAAGGCUUGCCUGGAGUUUGGAAGUCUCUCUUGAACACUGCAGUACUUCUACCUGGAGACUGUCUAGGGUGGGUAAUUCCUCAGGGCUCUGAAAUGCCUGGAGGCUUUGGGUUGGUUUUUAAGCUUUUAUUUUUUCCCUCCAGGAAUAGCAAUUUUUUAAAAGAAUCUUAAAUUACUGGCAGAAAUAUUAGUAUUGGAAAUAUGAUGCCAGAGUUAAGCUGUGUUCAUGUAAACUAAUAUAGCAGAGUUAAACACUAUAUUUAAUGGUUUUAAAUACUUUUGGUUUCUAUUGUAAAUAUGUUAGGAUUUGAAAUUGUAAAUAGACGGUUCAUUGACUCCAUUUAGCACUUUCCAGAAGUAAAGCUGGGGAUGACAUGAUGUAUUAUUGACUUGUAAAUGAUUCUUGUCACUAAAGCACACAUUAGUCUGACCGGGGCAGAGCAGAAUGUCAGGCUUGUUAGACUUCUAGUACAUAAACACUAAAAUCAAAGCUUUUAAUGGUGGUCUCUUGAGCUAAUAAAAUCUUAGAGGGUUUUAGAUUACCUGGGUGUCCAGGAGAUUUCUUAGGAUAGCUUGACUAAUGUGUGUUAAUAGUGACAUCUUAAAAUAAAAAGGAACUGUGCUGUA